ACGUGGCUUCAAUCAGGUCGUCUUUGCGCACAUAGAUACGCGCUGUUACGCAACUGGAGAUCAUUAUUUCUCGUACAGAAAUUAUAUCGUCUUGUGUGAAGAAAAUGAGUGGUCGAGGAAAAGGCGGGAAAGGUCUUGGGAAAGGAGGCGCCAAGCGUCAUCGCAAAGUUCUUCGUGAUAAUAUCCAAGGUAUCACUAAGCCAGCUAUUCGUCGUUUGGCUCGCCGUGGAGGAGUCAAGCGUAUUUCUGGUCUCAUCUACGAAGAGACCCGAGGAGUGCUUAAGGUGUUUCUGGAGAACGUUAUCCGCGACGCAGUCACGUACACCGAGCACGCCAAGAGAAAGACCGUCACCGCUAUGGAUGUGGUUUAUGCCCUAAAGCGUCAGGGUCGCACUCUGUACGGCUUUGGUGGGUAAACCUGUAUUUCAGAAAUGCGUUUUGCAUCUACCAAAGGCUCUUUUAAGAGCCGCC